AUUAUGCUUUUUGUAUCAUUUGAUUAAAAUUGAUGUUUGUAAUUUUCUUUCGCCGACCAGACAACGCUCAUUGGUCAUAACAUUAGGUACACAUGCAAGGUCUUUAAUGCGUCACAUGUUGUUCUCAGCUGAUGCUUUAAUGCAACAAAGUGCGUGUGGUGACGGUGCAGCUCAUUGUAAACAUUGUAAAGAUGCUUUAAUGCAACAUUGUAAACAUGCUUUAAUGCGGAAACUCCAAUCACAGACAUACAAAAUGGAGAAUAAAGACACAACAAUGGCUUUGAUCAGAUACUAUUGCAAUGAAAAAUAUUUCAACAAUGUUGUCAACACUGCAGCAGCUGCACAGAAGACUUUUCGUAGUGACCCUAUCUUCAGUGUCUUCCAUGCAUAUGGCAUCUUGAUGCAAGGUCAAGUUCGAGAAGCCACGGCAGAGCUGAACUCAAUAAAAGAUAGAGCCGAGGUGUCUCUCUGCACUAUGAUGGCACUUAUCUAUGCUGAGAGAAAAAAGAUAAAACCAGACAAAGAUGUUAUUCAUGAACUUGAAGCUAAAAUCCGGGAGGAUCGCAAAAGUGCAUCUCCCCAGAGUCUGUAUCAUGCUGGGAUGUUUCUUUGGAUGUUAGGCCGGAAUGAUAAAGCUCGAGAAUACACGGAGCGGAUGAUCAAACUGACCAAUGGCUCUCAAGAGGGGGUAAUCCUGAAAGCAUGGAUAGACGUGACAUGUGGGAAAGAUGAUCAUGCCAGAAAGGCUGAAAAAUACUUUAAUGAAGGACUAAAAGAUGUUUUUGCAUUAAUGGGAAAGGCACAGUACUGCGAAUACUGUCAAAAUUACUCUGGAGCAUUAGAUGUGGUUAACAGAGUACUUGCCAGUUUCCCAGACUUCCUGCCUGCACUCAUUAAGAAGAUGAAGUUGUUUUUAAGGAUGCAAGACUGGGAGCAAACCAUCGAUGCAGCAAUCAGCAUUUUACAAAUGGAUAAAAACAAUCUGGAUGCCCUACAUAUGAUGACUCUGUAUUCUUUAUGUAUCACUGGAGAUAUUACAGAGUCAGUAAAGAAUCUUUCCAAAUUCAUCAGCAGUCUGGAGGACCUGGAACCACACAACCCUGAGCUUGCUUUAAAGAUGUGUAUCCCAUUUAGCAGAGUGUGUGGCCGUAACGAGAAAGUCAUUGAGCAGGUGUUCAGAAUGGUGGAGAAAGCCUUCAUUGUGACAUCAGGAAACUCUGAUAUUGCCACAGAAUUGGGGUACCUCAUGGUUCUUCAGGGUAAAAUCAAGGAGGCUAUGGAGUGGUACAAGACUGCCAUGGCUCUGGACGAGACCAGUCUCUCUGCAUUGACUGGCAUCAUUUGGUGUCAAUUGAUGGAAGGCUUCUUAGAAGAAGCAGAGAAAGAUUUGGAAUUUCUGACAGAAAUUCAACAAACCACUGGAAAAUCAGGAGACAUCCUUUAUCUGCGUGCACUUGUGGCAGUUAAAGAACAGCGUCCUCUAGAAGAGGUUACCAAGCUCCUGGAUGGUGCAGUGGAAACCCACUUCUCUUCUCUGCAUGGUCUACCUCUGAGUGUGGAGUACUUUCAGAAGUUCAACCCUGACUUCCUGCUGGAGAUUGCCAAGGAGUAUCUUGCUCUGUGUCCUACCAAGCCUGAGACGCAAGGCCGGUCUCCUGCUCCACAGCUUAGGCGCUGUGCAGCGUUGUUGGACACAGUGGUCAAGAUGGUGCCAGGCCUCCUUCAAGGGGUCUUCCUGCAAGCCAAAGUCCGAUAUCAGUCUGGUGAUGUUGAUGCUGCUCAGAACAGUCUACAUCACUGCCUGGAACAGUGUCCUUCUCACACAGACGCUCAUCUACUCAUGGCAAGGAUCCACUUGCUGCGCAGAAACUUUUCUUUGUGUUUCCAGUCGCUGGAACUUUGCCUCAGCCAUAACUUUCAGAUUCGAGAACAUCCAUUGUACCUUCUGAUAAAAGCCCAGGCAAAGAAACAAAUGGGAGAGCUGACCGAGGCUAUUAAUAUUUUACAAAUGGCAAUGAGUCUUGUAGAGAUCUGCAAGUCAAAAAACAAAACCAUUGAGCUGAGUCCUACAGACUGUGCCUCCAUCUUCUUGGAAUUAGCUGAGGCUUUGCGUCUCAGUGAUACACAGCACGAAGCAGCCAAAGUCAUGCAGGAUGCCAUUAAUGAGUUCUCGGGAACUCCUGAAGAGCUUCGUGUCACUAUUGCCAAUGUCGACUUUGCAUUGCUGCAUGGUGAUACUGAGGUGGCACUGAGCAUGCUCAUUAACGUUACAUCUGACCAGCCAUACUACAUCCAAGCCAAGGAAAAGAUAGCCGACAUAUACUUGAACCACAAAAAGGACACACGUUUAUAUGUAAGCUGUUACAGGGAGGUGGUGGACAAGCUACCCAGUGCUCACACAUAUGUCUUACUAGGGGAAGCGUACAUGCACAUUUUAGAGCCGGAGAAAGCCAUUGAAAUCUAUGAGCAUGCGCUCGAGAAAAACCCAUAUGAUGGAGCUCUUGUCAGCAAGUUUGGUAAACUACUGGUCAAGACACAUUACUUUCACAAGGCAAUACAUUACUAUGAAGCUGCCCUAAAGACCGGACAACAGAGUAUCCUGCGCUAUGACUUGGCUGAGCUGCUGUUGAAGAUGAAACAAUAUGACAGCUGCAAAAUAGUUCUGGAUGAUGCUCUGUCCCAUGAGCCAGGGAAUAGACUAUGCACACUAUCAGAGGAUUGCCGUUAUUUGAUGCUGUUGACUAAGGUCCAAAACAAAGUGGACAAAGCUGAAGAAGCCUUAAUAUCCCUACAUAGGGUGCGAGAUGUCCAGGCCAAGGCGCUGAAGCGAGUAGAGUUGGAGGAUCCUGACGCCAUCCCCAGGCAGAAGCAGCUCGCCGCCCAGAUCUGUGCUGAGAUGGCGCAACACUACACAAGUCAGAGGGUUUACGAGAGUGCCAUCAAGUCCUACAAAGAAGCUCUUGUGUAUUGUGAGACUGACCACAAGGUGAUGCUGCAGUUGGCGCAGAUUUUCUUCACCCUAGACAAGGUGGAUGCGUGCCAGGAGCAAUGCAAUGUCAUCUUGAAGAAUGACCAAUUUAAUGAAGAUGCAAAUCUGAUGAUGGCUGACCUUAUGUUCAGGAAACAUGACUAUGAACAGGCCAUUUUCUGCUAUCAGCGACUGUUGGAGCGCAAGCCAGACAACUACCCUACCUUUUCACGCUUUAUUGACCUGCUGAGGAGGACAGGAAAGUUGGAAGACGUGCCAAUACUUUUUUAUAGAGCAGAACAGCAUUCUUCCAAGGCCAAGUUUGACCCUGGCUUUAUCUACUGUAAGGGACUUUAUCUUUGGUACACAGGAGAACCUAAUGCUGCUCUGCAACACCUCAACCAGGCACGGAAAGACACCAAGUGGGGUCAAAACGCUCUCUAUAAGAUGAUUGAAAUCUACCUAAAUCUGAAUAAUGACACCAUGGGAAUAGAAUUAUUUAAAACAGAUUGCGGAACUGGAACCUACACAGAAAAGCAGGAGAUGCAGUUGGUUGCUGUGACAACAGCUCAGCAGCUACUGACGGAGAUAAAGCCAGAGACACCAGCAGGACACGCACACCUUCGUAUCCUGGAUAAUUAUUGCUUACUGGCGACUAACCCAAAGACAAACAUAGAAAAAGCCAUCUCUGUUUUCACAGAGAUAGCAACAAGUAUGAAGGACCACGUACCAGCCCUGCUGGCCAUUGCAUCAGCCUUCAUGAUGGUGAAACAACUAGCUCAAGCCAGGAACCAACUCAAACAUAUAGCAAAGAUGACUUGGAAUAUUGUUGAUGCUGACGAAUUUGAGAAGAGCUGGCUGCUCCUGGCUGAUAUUUACAUCCAUUCAGGGAAGUACGACCUGGCCGAUGACUUCCUAAAGAGAUGUCUUAACUACAACAAGUCAUGCUUUAAAGCUUAUGCAUAUCGGGCUUUCAUCAUGGAAAAAGAGCAGGCGUUCAGCGAUGCGGCCUUCAACUAUAAAUUGGCUUGGAAAUAUGGAAAUGAGUCCAACCCAACUAUUGGGUACAAACUUGCUUUGAACUACUUGAAAGCAAAACAACAUUUGGAUGCUAUAGAUGUGAGCAAUAAAGUACUUGCUACUUACCCAACGUAUGCAAGGAUCAGAAAGGACAUCUUGGAGUCAUCUUACGCUGCUUUGAAACCGUAGGAAUAUCCAACACUGAUGUUUGUGUUCCUGACUUCUACACCUUUCAUAGCAAAUUGCAGUUUGCUGUACAAUUAAAUGGCAUGUGUUGUUGCACAUGCUGUCCAGCUAGGGACAAACGUACAAGGGUUACAAGUUACUACACAACUCUCAGCCACAACACCAUUGCAGAAGCCGCAGAUAACGUGACCGCCGCAACACAACAACAAAGGCACAACACAACAACAUAAAGCCGCAACACAACUUUCAGCUACAGCACCAUUGCAAAAACCACAACACACGCAAACACCACAACAACAUAAAGCAACUAGAUGAGGCAAUUCCUUGCGUGUGAAUGCUCCAAUGCUGAAGUUGAACUGAAAUCCUGGAAUUUUUUUUGAAUUGUUGAAGUAGAGCACACGAUUCCCAAACAGGCUGAAUAUUUGUAAGUUGGAACAGUUUGAAUCAGAUGACAAAUGUGGGAGUUGUGGAACUUUGAAGAAUGUCCCAUUAAUUUCAAUGGGAAUUUCCCAAAAAUGUGGGAAUUUCUGGAAAAGCGGGAAUUUUUUAGAAAAUGGUAAAAAAACAAAAACAACUUGGAACGGUCUGAAUGAGUUGGAAUGGUUGGUGUUGGAAUUUUUCAAAUCGGUCAAGAAAUGUCGAAGUAGUAACAUGUUGAAUUGAGAAAUGAUAUUACGGAAUUUCGGGAAAACCGGGAGAUUUUCCAGUUCAAAAAACAACUUUGUUUUAUGUCCUGAUUAAGAGGAAUGUUUUGACGGUGGAACGGUUGAAAUACGUUGAAAAAUGUGGAAGAAGUAGUCGCUAGAAAAAAAGGUGGAAAUAGGGCUUUGGAAAACCAGGAAUUCUGGAAAAUCCUGGAAUUUUUUUGAACUUGGAAAAAAGGUAGUUUAAAUUUCCAGGAUGGUGGAAUGUGUUGAAGGUGAAAAUGCUUUGAAUCGGUUGAAAAAUGUGGAAAUGGUUAAAGUUUGAAAAUGGCCAAUUCAUUUUGAAUGGGAAAAAUGUUCUGGAAAACCUGGAAUUCUGGGAAGUCUGGAAAUUUGUCAAGGAAAAGCCCACGAUUCCCGAAUAGUCUGAACCGUUUGAAGUUGGAACUGUUUGAAUCAGGUGAAAAAUGUGGAAGGUAGAGCGCGCCAAAAUCUGAAGAAGAAGUUAAAGAAGUUGAAUAAAUAGAUUAAUUUUGGUGUAGAAAAGCAUGUGUGAAUGUUUGGAGCAGGGGUCACCAACCUUUUUGAAACCAAGAGCUACUUCUUGGGUAGUGAUUAAUGCGAAGGGCUACCAGUUUGAUACACACUUAAAUAAAUUGCCAGAAAAAGACAAUUUGCUCAAUUUACCUUUAACUCUAUGUUCUUAUUAAUAAUUAAUGAUAUUUAUCUUUGUGGAAACACUGAUCAUCUUAGUGAUUUCUCACAAUAAAUAUAUAUAGAAACAGAUAAAUAUCAAUAUGCAACACUUUAUUUUUAUAUUUUCUCUAAGUGCACAUUUUUCAAAUUGUACAUUUUCAAAUGAUCACUUCUAAGACAGUAUUGUGAAAUCACAAUAUCCCAUUUUAACUAGCUAGCCACUAACAUUUUUUAACAAAUCAUGAAUUACUUUGCACCAUGUUUGUACAAAUAAUAACUCAUGUAAAAUACAAAAGUCAACUCUCAAAUUUUUUUGUAAUUUUUAAAUUUUUAAUUUUAAUUUUAAUUUAAAAAAAAAAAAAAUUUUCUCUCAAAUUUUUAAAUAAAUCAUGUCACACUUUGAACUGGACACCAAAUCUGUUAUCUGUUUCUUUGUCAGUUAGUGAAGACCAAGUCUUUAAAAUAUUUUCUUGGAUUUUCACAUUCUAUUUGAGUUUUGUCUCUCUUAGAAAUAAAAAUGUCGAGCAAAGCGAGACCAGCUUGCUAGUAAAUAAAUACAAUUUAAAAAAUAGAGGCAGCUCACUGGUAAGUGCUGCUAUUUGAGCUAUUUUUAGAACAGGCCAGCGGGCUACUCAUCUGGUCCUUACGGGCUACCUGGUGCCCGCGGGCACCGCGUUGGUGACCCCUGGUUUGGAGCAUUCACUCAAUAACAACUUUCAACCACAACACAUUUACAUAAGCUACUACACAUGCAAACACCACAACACAACAACAUAAAGCCACAACACACCACAUUUACACCACAACACAACAACAUAAAGCCACAACACACCACAUUUACACCACAACACACCACAUUUACACCACAACACAACAACAUUAAGCCACAACACACCACAACACCACAUUUACACCACAACACACCACAUUUACACCACAACAACGUAAAGCCACAACACACCACAUUCUUAUUUUACUGUUAUAUUUUUAUUCUCAUCGUUGCUUUUUAUUUUUAUUCUAUUGUAAUAUUUUUCUAUUUUGUCUCCAUUUAUACCCCCAUUAUUUACUUUUUACAAUUUUGUACACUGCUGCUGGAAUUUAAAUUUUCCUGAGGGAACUCUCCCGAAGGAAUCAAUAAAGUACUAUCUAUCUAUCUAUCUAUCUAUCUAUCUAUCUAUCUAUCUAUCUAUCUAUCUAUCUAUCUAUCUAUCUAUCUAUCUAUCUAUCUAUCUAUCUAUCUAUCUAUCUAUCUAUCUAUCUAUCUAUCUAUCUAUCUAUCUAUCUAUCUAUCUAUCUAUCUAUCUAUCUAUCUAUCUAUCUAUCUACACCACAACACAACCGCAAAAAGUUACAACACAACAUGAAGCCACAAAAAUGCAAACGCUACAAACCAACGACUUCGAGCAGGUUGUUAAACCAAUUUUAGCCGAGGGGCCACACGCAGGAACAUCUAUUUAGCUGAGGGGCCACACGCAGGAACAUCUAUUUGUCUGAGGGGCCACACGCAGGAACAUCUAUUUGUCUGAGGGGCCACACGCAGGAACAUCUAUUUAUCUGAGGGGCCACACGCAGGAACAUCUAUUUGUCUG